UAAUAAAGCAUUCUAAUAACCUAGACGAAAAACUAACAUCGCACUUCUGUACGUAACCAUGGAGAUUCAGAUCUUCUUCUUCACUUUGUUUUGCUUUCUUCUUCUGAUCUACAAGCGAUCAAAUCCCAAGAAAUCCUUCAAAAACCUAACCCUGCCUCCGGGGCCACGGAAGUUACCUCUUAUAGGGAACAUCCACCAAAUUGUAGGGUCACUGCCCCAUCACUCCUUGAGAAACUUGGCAAACAAAUACGGACCCUUAAUGCACCUUCAGCUUGGAGAGACAUCUAAUAUCAUUGUCUCUUCCUCUGAAAUUGCCAAACAGAUCUUCACAACACACGACCUUAUCUUCUCCAAUAGACCCCAUCUUCUUGCUGCUGAGAUCAUCACUUACAGUAACAUAGACAUUGGAUUUUCCCCCCAUGGAAACCAUUGGAGGCAACUUCGAAAAAUCUGUACUUUAGAGCUUUUAACAGCAAAGCGUGUUCGGUCCUUCAGGUUCAUAAGGGAAGAGGAAGUCUCUGCACUUGUCAAAGACAUAUGCUCUAAUGAAGGGUCAAUCAUAAAUCUGAGUGAGAAAAUUUUCACAACCACUAAUUCCAUAAUUGCAAGAGCAGCUUUUGGUAACAAAUCUAGACAUCAAGAAGCUUUCAUAUCUGCUCUGAAGGAAAUAAUGAAGGUGAUGGGUGGUUUCUCAAUUGUUGAUCUCUUUCCUUCUGCCAAAGUGCUUCAAGUGAUUACUGGGAUGAGAGCUAAAGUUGAAAGGGUCCACAAGUUGAAUGAUGGAAUAUUGGAGGAAAUCAUCAAGGAUAACAAAGAAAGAAAAGAGACAAGUAGUGCGAAUAAUGAGGAGAAUCUGCUCGAUGUUCUUCUCAAGAUUCAACAGGAAAAUGAUUUAGAACUUCCGUUAACUCACAAGCACAUUAAAGCCGUCAUUCUCGAUAUGUUCAUUGCUGGAUCUGAGUCGUCAUCCACUACUCUAGAGUGGGCCAUGGCAGAAUUGAUGAAGAACCCAAAGGUGAUGAAGAAAGCACAAGCUGAGGUCAGAAGAAUCUACCAUGGAAAAGGAUGUGUGGAUGAAGGUGAGAUUGACCAAUUGAAAUACUUAGACUCAAUUGUGAGAGAAACUCUUAGAUUGCACCCUCCUGGGGUGUUGUUACUUCCACGAGAAAACACUGUAAGAUGUGUGAUCAAUGGAUAUGAGAUACCUGAAAAGACGAAAAUCAUUGUCAAUGGAUGGGCAAUAGGAAGAGAUCCCAAGUUUUGGGAUGAAGCAGAGACCUUCAAGCCAGAGAGAUUCAUGGAUAAUCCAAUUGAUUUUAGAGGAACAAACUUUGAUUAUAUACCAUUUGGUGCUGGAAGAAGAAUCUGUCCUGGAAUUAACUUCGCUAUACCUAACAUUGAGCUUCCGCUUGCUAAUUUGCUGUAUCAUUUUGAUUGGAAGCUGCCAAAUGGAAUGACUCAUGAAGAAUUUGACAUGUCUGAGACAUUUGGCGCUGGUGUAAGAAGAAAGGAGAAUCUUAGAAGGGCAGUGAUGAUAGUGGUAGUUGAUGGUGGUAACGAUGGUAGUAGCAACUUGAGGUGAAAGCAAUGAUGACUGGUGACAAUGGUGCGGCUAAAGGAGGCAUUGGUGACAGCUAGUGAUGUUGGUGGUUCGGCUAUGGUGAUGAUAGUAUCAUGGUCUAGAUUGUUGUGGUGGUGGUUGGUAGUAGAGGUAACGUGGCCGAUGAUGGUGACAGGGACUAGCUAGUGAUAGUGGUGGCAUUAGUAGUUAGUGAUAUACAAUGGAACAUGGUUGCCUAUGAAAUUAAUAAUGUGAUUUUUGAGUUGUUGGAGAUGGAUAAUCAUUGAUAAAAUAUUGAAUGCUAGUAUUUUAUGAGCAGAUUAGAAAUGAUGUAAGUUUGGUGCCUUGAUUAAGUGCUAGUGUGUUUUUUUUUUUUUCAAAAGUUUGAAAUGUAUUAUAGCUUAAUAUUGGUGGUGAGUGAGGUUGGAAAAGGAAUUAUUGUGAUGGUUGAGCAUUGAAUAAAAUCUUAAUAUAAUUUAUAGGGAGUUGGGAAGAGAACAAAUUUGAUUAAAGUUAAGAGGAUAAAUUUGAAUUAUGAAAAUGACAGGUAAGUGGAUAGCAUCUCAAUUGAUAUUUCAUUAAAAUCUCCUUUAUUCAAAUAUUACAUUUUUAUGCAAAUUUUUUUACGAUAGCAAUAUGAUUAUGAGAUAUUUUGUUGAUUAAAUUACUUUAUUUUGUGAAAUUAUUUUAUUAGAAUUGAUC